AUCUUGAUAGUUACACAAGUUACGUACGUGGCUAACAACAAGUCGUGCACUGUUUUCCUCCAAAUUAGUUCCUGGAUCCAUUCAUAUCAUGGCUCAAGAAUUCGUGAAAGCUCAAAUCAAAGGGGAUAAGGUGGUGGUGUUCUCGAAACCGUCCUGCCCUUACUGUGUUAUGGCCAAAGAUGUUUUGUCAAAAUAUAAAUUUAAAACUGGGCACUUCGACAUCAUUGACAUUAGCGGAAGGAGCGACAUGAGUAGCAUUCAAGAUUACUUGAAGCAAAUCACCGGUGCACGGACAGUGCCUCGGGUGUUCAUUGGGGAGAAGUGUGUGGGGGGCGGCAGUGACGUGGCUGAGCUGGAUAAAUGUGGCAAACUGGAGGGCAUGCUGCAGUCCAUGGGAGCGCUGCAGUGACAAGACAGCACCAAGGGCAGACGGAGGUUGCCGCGGCUCGGGCAGGUGCAGGUGCGGACGCAGGGCUCAGGGGUCACAUGAGGUUGCAGCGGGACUUGCGCAGCUGCCGCCGGCGCUGCUGGUACUCGCUCAGCUCCUGCAGGUAGCCCCGCGACGGCCAGCGCAGCCUCUCCACGUGCUCCCGCUCCUCGUCUGCCCCAACCAAAACAAACAAACAAACAACAACAACAACAAAGAUGAUGCAACAGGCUCAGAAUCCACCUUCCUCCACCUCUAACCACUCUGAAUCCACCUUAUUCCACCUCCAACAGGCUCAGAAUCCACCUUCCUCCACCUCUAACCACUCUGAAUCCACCUUAUUCCACCUCCAACAGGCUCAGAAUCCACCUUCCUCCACCUCCAACCACUCUGAAUCCACCUUACUCCACCUCCAACCACCACUACAUCAAGCCAAGCACCCUGUGAACGACCGCAACCCAAUUACGCAACUACUGUACUGUACUGAAGCCCAGUACAGUCAGCCUAUGAAGAACCAGUUAUGUAAUGUGUGUGUAAUGUUGGUGCCAUUGUUUGUUGCAUGCCAGUCAUUGGUCAGAUUCUAUAUACCACUGUUAGUCAGUCACUAUCACUAUCAGAUUCGAGGUUUGUCAAAGGAUGCAUUUAAAGGCCUCACUAAGCCUGGCCUAGGUGGCAUUUACUACAUUUGUGCACUAAAAUGUUUACUAUAAGAAUACAUUGUUGAACUGACUUGAUUUGUGAUUGUGAUUUGUGAAGAUAUGUUACAGCGAUGUCUACUUUUCUAGAAAGGGAUUGUUUGUGUUUAUGCUUUGGUCUUAUGCUUUUAAAUGUGUUCCUGUAAAAGACCCGUCCAUUCCCGCCUCUGAUGAGAACCUCUCUGUGCCUGUGGAAAUAAAGUCUGAAGCCAGUCGAAUCUA